AUGCCUACAUUCAGCUACGCGCAAGCCGCAAAGGGGGCGUCUGAGACCCCAGUGCCCACCAAGCCGGUAUCUACAGAGCCCGAAAAGACUGAGUCCAAGCCGGAAGAGCAGACCAACAAUGUCCCCGCAGAGCCGGUAACUACGACCUCGGAAACCGAAACACCACAGGAGACCGAGAAGGCCACAACAAGCGUUGAUGAGGAUGUCGAGUUCACCACUGUGACCAACAAGCAUGCCAACAGAUCGAAGGCUGUUCACUCCAGGACAUCAUCCCCCAGCGUCCGAUCCACGGCAGCACACUCCAAAGAUGGUGAAUCAUCAAAUACCUCGAACGGAACUCAGGAGACUUCGUCUGAGAAGCAAGCCGAAACUAAGGCUGAGAAGGCUGGAAAUGAUACCGAGGAACAGAAGGAGAAGUCUGGGAAGUCCGAGAAGUCCGAAAAGACUGAGAAGUCUGAUAAAUCUGAAAAAGCCGAGAAGAGCACCCCACCAAAGGAGUUGAAGGCCGCCCCUCUCCCCUCAGUGAACAUCUGGCUGCAACGAAAGGAGGCCCAAGAGGCCAAGGCCAAGACUACUCCAGCUCCUGCUGCUGCGAAGGCCACCUCCGGGAAGGCCACUGAGGAGAACCAGCAAGAUACGCCCAAGACCAACUCUAAGAAGAAGGGUACCGACAGCGCGCAAGAAGGAACCAAGGGAGGUAAGAAGGCUGAUGGUGCUAAGGGCCGGGAUGGUGCCUUGCCCCCGGUCGAAGAUGCCUCAUCAUGGCCCACACCUGAGGUUGCUAUUGGCGAAGAUAAGAAGAAGGCACAGGAGAAGACAGAUAAGACCGAGAAGGCAGAGAAGAGCCCGGUCAUGCGUGCCCACGGCAAAGAGAAGUGGAUGCCUGUCAACUAUGUUCCUACUGCCGUGUUUAACACUCCCCUCCCUUCCGCUGGCCGUGGAGGUCGGAGAACCGCUCGUGGUGGACGGGAUGGUGGUCGUGGUGGAUCCCAUGCAGCCGCUGCCGGUGAAAAGGUCGCCUCAGGCCAGUCUGCCCCUGCCCCUGUGAGCAAGCAGACAUCCGGAGACCGUGGCCGCAAUGAAGCUGGCGCUGGCCGUGCUGCUUCCCUCCCUGCUCAGACUCGACGUUCUACCAGCUCUGACGUGACCAACUCCGAGGGUCGCAAGGCUCAAGCAGUGGAGCGCAACAACCGCCCCCAGCGUGGUGCUGAAGAUGCCACUGCCUCAAAUGGCAAGCAGGUCAACGGUGGUGAGAACGCCGCUCGGCCCCAACGGGAUGGCAAGCAGUCCAACCGAAACGGUGACAGCCGUAAUGCUAAGGGUGGCAACCCGGCUGUUGACUCUCAAGGUGCGGCUCGUGCCAACGACCGCCGAUUUGACUCUGGCGCCAAGUCGGCUGACGUAAACCGUGAGGCUGGUGCAAAUGGCUUCCAGGACUUCAACCGUGAACGUGGUGACUCUCGUGCUGAGCGAGGAGGCCGUGGAGCCAACCGCGGACGUGGAGGUGCCUACUCUGGAUUUGCUGGCCAGAAUGGCCAGUUCGGCAACAUGGGAAACAACUUUGCUUCUAAGAACUUCGGCUUCAAUGAUCGUCAACGGUCUCAGCACGGUGUUGCCAACGGCUCGCAGCAGGGAAACCGGAUGUCUUUGAGAUCACCUUCUUUGACAGGACCUGCAAGCCCAUACGGCGUGUACCCCUUCCCAACUGACAUCAACACAAUGUACCCCUACCAGGCUGUUAACCCCGGCCCAAUGAGCGCGGUCCCUUACCAGCAGUACAUGGAGCCCUACUCGCUCAUGAAUAUGCUCUCUAUGCAGCUGGAGUACUACUUCUCGGUUGACAACUUGUGCAAGGACAUGUUCCUUCGUUCCCAGAUGGACGCUCAAGGCUUUACCCCUCUUAGUGUUAUUGCCACCUUCAAGCGUGUGAAGUCUUUGACUGAGGACUUCGAACUCCUGCGUCAUGUUUCACGCCAACUCCGCAAUGUGGAGGUCCAGACUGGUGAAGAUGGUAUGGACCGCUUACGCCCUCGUGAGAACUGGUCUCAGUGGGUACUCUCUGGUGCUGCCCCGGCGCAACCUGGAAAGAAUGACGAGAACACCCCUAUCAACAACCACGUCGACGGUGCACCAAAUGGUUCCAUCCAUGGUGGAUCUCAACAGUUCGUUCCGAAUGGCACAGCUUCCCACAACCGCACACAUCUUUCCUCCAACGCCCCGGAGUUCAUGCCAUCGGCACAAAAUGAAGUCGCCACUGUAGGAAGCCCCCAGGAUUGCUCUUAUUUCCCCCCAUCCGUUUCCAGAUCGGAAUCUCCCCUUUAUAUGGCAACAAAUUUGGAAAAUGCAUUUAUUGACGAAUGUCGAUCAGCGCUCGGACUAGAUUCACGCAAAACGACCCCACUUUCCUCUCCCCUGGGAGCAGCGGCACAACUAGCUGGUAAUUUUGAUCAACUGCACACGCAACGUCAUCCGACCAACUAUCUCACUCGCCAAACUAACAAGCCGCCACCCAAGCAAAAUCAUCCGCCAUCCCAGUGGAAGGGAAAGGGCCACUCAAAGCAAAAGUACGCUAAUGUCAACAAAUCACUUGAAAUGCUUCUAAAUGAUGAGGUUGGGGGUCCAGCACGACAAGGCUGGGACACUUCUCUCUACGAAUAUUGGUUGGACUGUUUGAUGCAGGAGUUCAAUUUGCGAAUGUACAAUGAAUUCAGGCGCCAAGCCUUAGAUGAUCUUUUUACACGACACACCGACGAUGGCUUUAUUUUUCUCAUGGAAUUCUAUCGCCUUGCCGUCAGCAGCCCAUUUCGUAUACACCCUCAGAUUCUUUCGGAUCUGGUUGGGUUGUGCCGGGAUGAAGCUUUCAAACCUCGUGAUGCUAUCUUCAGUCUGAUUGAAACUGCUGUUGCCAAUGACCAAGGGGAUGAGAAGUUCCACAAAAUUGAUUUUAUUCGCAAACAAUUUACAAGGGCAUUUGGCAACCAGUGGAGAGGGACUGGGAGAAAGUCAUAUCAUUGA